AUGGUAACGAUUGUUGACGAUCUAGAUUCUUUGAGUUUGCAAGAGCCUAUAUUUAAGGAUGUUAAAUAUUACCUCUCUGGUGAUGUCUCUGAAAGGAUUUUGCACUUGCUGCAGUCAGGCGGCGCAGAAAACACAAAAUAUUUCUCAGACUAUGUUACGCAUCUAAUUUGUGGUCAAAAUGCCGCUGAUACGGAUCUCGAUGACGCACAGGACAUCUACCAGAUUCCAGCUGUAACCGAAAGCUGGGUUCUUGCGUGCGCCCGUUUAAAGAAAUUGGCCAAUCCAAAACCAUACAGCCCAAAUAAGAAUAAAAUAUUUUCGAAUGUCGUUGCAUGCAUAUCGAAAGUAAGCCCAGCAGACAUUAAGUCAUUGUUUGCUCUCCUUACAUAUCAUGGGGGAAAGAUAAAAUUGAAUUUUGACUCUAAGUGCACCCAUCUUAUUUGUGGUUCUGCAUCUGGAAAAAAGUACAGUUUAGCCCUUACUUUGCCUCCUUCUCGAGUGAAGAUAGUAACCCCGGACUGGGUGUUAGAAAGUUUGAGGGCUAGAAUACAGGCAGUAGCUGAAGUUUUUCAUCCAAAAUUGUUAAUAAUACCUCAACCACCAUCUAAACCAAUGGAUCGUAUCAGUGCCAUAACUGGGUUUGACUUUGAGGAAGGCAUAGCAAAAAAUGAAGUACCCACUCAGAAUAUGACUGAAAAUAAGGACGACAGUACACAAGCACUUCUAGAUAAACUUAAGCAGAGGAUGCCUUGGAAUCAUCCUCCAUCAUCUAACACUAACACUUCAGCAAUAGCUACUGCGGCUGUAAGUUCAAUGGGUUAUACUACAGCAAUGUCUACAGCUGGCAUUAUUAGCAAAUCAAUGCCCCAAAGUAUGGUCUCCCAAAAUCUCCAAAUCCAAAAUAGUCAGGCUAAUACCCAACUAAUGCAAAAGUUUGGUCAAAGCACUUUAGUUUCACAAGCUGGUAUUACUAUGCAGGGUCAACAAAUUAAUGUGCAACAACAGCAUUCAUAUCAAAAUCAGCAACAGCAGCAACUACAACAACAGCAGCAGCAGAUACAACAACAGCAGCAGCAGCUACAACAGCAGCAGCUACAACAGCAACAUCAACAACAGCAGCAACAACAGCAGCAGCAACAACAGCAGCAACAACAGCAGCAACAACAGCAGCAGCAACAGCAGCAGCAACAACAGCAGCAACAGCAGCAGCAACAACAACAACAACCACAUGGUUUAUCUGCCAUUCAAAUACAGCAACAAAAAUUGUUGCAACAGCAUCAGCUCCGAAUGCAAAUGUUACAACAGAAACAGCAAGGAUUUCAACAAUCUAAUGUUUCUGUGUCCCAGAUCAAUCAAAAUAUUUCAAAUCAAAUCCAACAACAUAUUCAGAAUAAUCAGCACCAUAUUCAACAGAAUCAAAACUUAAACCAAUCUCCAAACACAUCAAUGAGCUCUGCACAGCAGCAAAUUGAAAACAUUAGUCAAAUGUUAAGCCAAAGUGCUAAUAAUCUCCAGCAAGCACAAUUAAACCAGCAGAACUUAGCCAUGAAACAAAGUUUGAGUCUAAGCCAGCAAAGUGCAGUUCAGAAUAUUGCUCAACAACUUGCUCAGUCGACUCAAAACUUGCAGCAGAGUUUGCAGAAUGCAAAACUUAAUCAAAAUUUGGGCCAGACUCAGGUUCAACAGCUAAUAAACUCAGGACAACAGCUGUCAGCUCAAAAUCAAACCUUGAUCCAACAACAAACAGUGCAAUCCUUGACUAACCAGCAACAAAGUAUAAACAUGGGUGUGGUGAGUCAGCAGGGGCUUGUAACAUCAUCUCAGGGCCAAAAUAGCCAGGGUGUUCAACUGAAUCAGCUUGUUAGUAAUACUGGUCAGCAAAAUGUUAUUGGACAACAGAUACAAUCAGUGCAGCAAGGGCUCACUAGCCAACAAAGUGGCAAUGUGCCAGUUCAAGGGGCUUGGAGGCAACAAAACAUACAAAUGGUCCAAAAUGUUCAAGGCCAACAUCAAAUAAUCAGAAGCCCAUUGGUGCAAACUCGCAAUCCACAGAACCAAGUUAUUUUACAGCAACAGAUAAUGCAGACACAGCAACAGGCACUUAUAAACAAUCAACAAGCACAAUUAAGUCCGCAGCAUACAAUCCAACAAGCCUCUCAGCAAAUCUUACAACAGUCUAUUGGUUCUCAAGGUCAAACUAUUAGUCAAACUCACCAUCAAAUAUUGGUCCAAAAGCAGCAGUUGCUUAAUGGCGGUGGACAGCAGCAACUAGUGCAAGCGCCGCAGCAAGUGUUAAUUAAUCAACACACAGGGCAACAGCAAAUAUUGGUGCAUGGUAACCAACAAGUGACUCUGCAGGGCGGCCAGCAGAUUGUAUCUCAGAAUCAAAUUGUUCAUCAAGGGGGCCAGAUAGUCAAUCAAGGUGGCCAACAGAUUAUUACCCAAGGGGGUCAACAAGUACUAUCACAGGGUGGGCAGCAUGUAAUAACACAACAAGGGCAACAGCACCAAGUUGUUAUAGCUCAGUCGUCACAACAAAUUGUGUCACAAACAGGACAGCAAAUUAUUGGGCAGACUGUUGGACAAGGUCAACAAGUUCUGUCACAAGUGCCUCAGUCCCCACAGCCUGGAUCUCAACUGACAGCUGGUGGAAACAUUCAACAAAUUAUCACACAUAGUGGAGGUCAACAGAUUGUUUCACCAGGAGGACAGCAAAUAGUGCAAGGUGGACAAAACGUUUCUUGGCAACAGCAACAGUAUUUGCAAAGGCAGCAGAUAGGCCAGCCAGGCACAGUAGGACCAAGGGUUUCGUGGACAGCUGGUGGAGGUGGACGGCAGCUUAUUCAUUUGGAUGCACAAACCCAUGCUCAACUACAACAAAUGGACCCAAAACAGAGAGCAAUGUUUGUGGCACAGUUACAGAAGCGGCGUCAAUUAUCUAUACAGAGGGCUGCAGCAUUAGCACAGCAACAGCAACCGGGUGGCGUGGCUGGUGCCGGCAGUUCACCUACACCAGCUCCACAAAGUGUCACCUUCAUACGCAGUCAACUGCCCCCUGGACUCACUCAGCAGCAGCAAGUGCAAUGGCUACAACAGCAAGGCGCUCGUGCGGCAACUAUUCCCACCCCGGCGCCAACACAACCGCCACAAUCGCCAGUUGGCGGUGCCCCGGUGGCGAGUCCCGUGGGCGCGGGCACGGGCGCAGGUGGCGGGGCGGUAGAGACGCAGCUGCAGCAGCUGCAACGCCAGCAGCAGUACCAGCGUCUGCAGCAGUUGCAGGCGCAGAGGGAGCACGUGGCGCAUCAUCACGCCGCCGUUAAACAGGUGGGCCCCGGUGUAACACAGCAUGUGGUGGGUGCGACGACGUUGACUGAGCAACCGGUCGACGCUGCUCUAUUGACACCGACGCCUGAACAGCAGCAAGCAGGUGCAGCUGGCAACACACUGUUAGUAAACCCAAAGACAAAGACAGCGCUGGCCAACAUGCUGAGUAUUCGCUUACAAGGGGGCGCUCCCCCGCCCGACCACGAGCCGUCAGCCGCUGGCACGCUGAGGCUGAUGACGGCGGCGCAUGCUGCGCACGCGGCGGCGGGCGGCGUGCGCGCGCCGGCGCGCCUGCUGCUCGGCCCCGCGCACCACGCGCACCAGGCUGGAGUGCCAGGCGUGGUGGGUAACAAGGUGUACGCAGGCGCCGUGGGCGUGGGCGCGGGCGCGGCGGGCGGCGUGCGGGCCGCGCCCCCGCGCGCGCAGUUCUACGGACACAACCCGAACCUCAAGCUGCCGCCCGACCUUUUCCUGCUCGGCUGCGUUUUCCAUAUCGUGGAGUACCAGCAGUCGGUGGGCGCGGAGCGCGUGGCCAAGUGGGCGGAAGCGAUCCAGCGGCGCGGCGGCGAGGUGGAGGCCGGCUACUGCGCGCGCGUCACGCACGUACUCUGCGAGACGCAGCGCCACGGCGUCGUCAUGCAGGCGCUGCGCGACGCGAAGCGGUGCGUGACCGCGUACUGGCUGUCGGAUGCGAGGGAGCGGCGCGGCGUAGCGCCGCCGUGGCAGGCGCUGCACCUGCCCGGCAUGCACGCGCCGCGCGACCGUCCCGCGCGACACCACCGCGCCGCGCUCUCCGGCUGGCGGCGUGACGAACGGCGCCGCCUCGCCUGCUGCCUGGACCUCGUCGGCGCCAAGUUAACGCCGUACAUGUCACGCGACAACACAGUUCUGGUGUGCAAACGUGCGGAGGGCGCCAAGUACCGGCGCGCUCGCGAGUGGGGCGUUCCCGUCGUGAGCGCCGCCUGGGUUACUGACCUACUACUCGGCAACAUGAGUGCGCUCUCGCAGAUUGAAAAUGCCAAGUAUCAGCAGUUUAAUUUGGCAAGUCCGUUCCGAAUUGACUACAGCUUAGUUUCACAUUUAAUGAACGCGUGGAAGAUGCCGAUCAACAUAACGCAGGAGUCGCAUGAGCGGGCGAAGCGCAGCGCGGCGGCAGCCAGUGGCGCGCGGCGCGCCAAGCGACCGCGCCUCGAGCCCCCCGAUACAAGCGUGCCCCCCGCGGCGCCCCCCGCUGCGAGCCCGGUGCCCCCCGCCGCGCACCCCCCGCUACAGCUGGCGCCGCGCGUGCUGUUCUCCGGUGUCCCCGCGCACGAGCACACGCGCCUCGCCGCCAUCGUCAGGCAACUUGGCGGGCUCGUGGUUACGUCUGCCGCAGAAGCAACGCACUUAAUAAUGGAUAAACUCGUGCGUACGUGUAAACUGGUCAGCUGCCUGAUCACAGUUAAACACCUACUCUCACCCGAGUGGGUAUUGGAAAGUCAGCGACUAAAUAAAUUUGCCGACGAAGCCAAAUACGGUCUCCGUGAUGAAGCAUUUAACAAGAUGUUUAAAUGUGACGUGUCCGAAGUAUUACUGUGCGGGGAACAGAGAAAGAAGUUGUUUGAAGGUGUGACUUUCUUCCUGACACCUUGUGUGAAACCCGGCAGGGCCGCUUUAACAGAAAUGAUCGAACUUUGUGGCGGUAAAGUUGAAAGGAGCCGUCGCUCAUACGUCUAUAUACAAGAGAUGCACAAUCAGAAGCCGUACAGUUACUUGGUGUUGACUGUCCCCAACGAUUUGCAUCUUGUGUAUUAUUUACUGCAAUCAGAGAAGACUUUGAAUGUUGUUUGCAGUACAGAAGUGGUGCUGUCUGCAAUAAUGCGACAAAAGCUGGAGGUGCAGGAAUUCCUUGUAAAAAUUGACUAA